AUGUCGCCGCCUGCAAUCAUCGCACCGUCAAUUCUGUCGGCUGACUUUGGAGUGCUGGGCAAGGCUUGCUCAGACACAAUAGACCAGGGUGCCGACUGGCUUCAUGUCGACAUCAUGGACGGCCAUUUCGUGCCCAACAUGACCUUCGGCGCCCCAGUCGUCACCAAGAUCCGCCCGCACGUCGACCGCCCAAGUACUACACAUGGCAAGGGAACGUUUGACUGCCACAUGAUGAUUGCAGAGCCGAAGAGAUGGGUUCGCGACUUCAAGAAGGCGGGCUGCGAUCUGUACUGCUUCCACUACGAAGCUGCCAUCUCCUCCACAGCUGCCGACUCUCCGAGUGCAACUUCGGAUCGGAAGACCUCACCUAAAGAGUUGAUACGCUUCAUACACAACGAAGGCAUGCAAGCUGGCAUCGCGAUAAAGCCCAGCACACCCGUCCAUGUGCUGUGGGACAUACUGGCCAACUCUGUCAAGCAGGAGGUCCCUGAUAUGGUCUUGGUUAUGACUGUAGAGCCUGGCUUCGGUGGCCAGUCCUUCAUGGCAUCCGAACUCCCCAAAGUUACGGCGCUUCGCCAGAGGUAUCCUGAGCUUCAUAUCGAGGUCGACGGCGGCUUAAGCGAAAAGACCAUCGAUCAGGCCGCUGAUGCAGGUGCUAAUGUUAUCGUUGCCGGUAGUGCUGUCUUUGGUGCCGCUGAUCCUGGAGAGGUGAUUAAGCGGCUUAGGGAGGCUGUUGAAAGUAGGAGAGGGAAGUUGUGA